AUGCCUGAAAAGAAUACCAGAAUUGCUAUAGUGUCUACCGACAAGUGUAAACCUAAAAAGUGUAGGCAAGAAUGUAGAAAAGGGUGUCCUGUGGUGAAGACGGGGAAAUUAUGUAUUGAAGUAACGCCAACAUCAAAGAUUGCAUUUAUUUCCGAAACUUUAUGUAUUGGAUGUGGUAUUUGUGUUAAGAAAUGUCCAUUUGAUGCCAUUAAUAUUAUUAAUUUACCUACCAAUUUGGAAAACGAAACCACUCAUAGAUAUUCUGCCAAUUCUUUCAAGUUACAUAGAUUACCUACCCCAAGACCAGGACAAGUUUUAGGAUUAGUUGGUACUAAUGGUAUUGGUAAAUCAACUGCUUUAAAAAUUUUAGCUGGUAAACAAAAACCUAAUUUAGGUAGAUAUGAUGAUCCACCUGAUUGGCAAGAAAUUUUAAAACAUUUCAGAGGUAGUGAAUUACAAAAUUUCUUUACUAAAAUCUUAGAAGAUAAUAUUAAAGCUAUUAUUAAACCUCAAUAUGUUGAUAAUAUUCCAAAAGCUUUAGCUAAAUCUCCAGUUAAACAUGUUGAAGGAGUAUUGAAAGCUAGAUUGGAAAGAACUGAAGAUUAUGAUUAUAUUUUAAGAAUCUUAGAAUUAGGAGGAGUUCUUCAAAGAGAUAUUGAGAAUUUAUCUGGAGGUGAAUUACAAAGAUUUGCUUUAGGUAUGACAUGUGUACAAAAGGCUAAUGUUUAUAUGUUUGAUGAACCAUCAUCAUAUUUAGAUGUUAAACAAAGAUUAAGAGCAGCUGAAAUCAUUAGAAGUUUAUUGGAUCCAACAACUUAUGUUAUUUGUGUUGAACAUGAUUUAUCAGUAUUAGAUUAUUUAUCCGAUUUUGUUUGUAUAUUAUAUGGUACACCAUCAGUUUAUGGAGUUGUUACUUUACCAAGUUCUGUUAGAGAAGGAAUUAAUAUCUUUUUAGAUGGUUAUAUACCAUCAGAAAAUAUGAAAUUUAGAGAUGAAAGUUUACAAUUUAGAUUAGCUGAUGCAGCUGAUGGUCUUAUUUUAGAUAAAUCUAAUAGUAUGGAAUAUCCAAACAUUUGUAAAACUCAAGGAGAUUUUACUUUAAAUGUUGAAGCUGGUGAUUUUACUAAUUCAGAAAUUUUAGUUAUGAUGGGAGAAAAUGGUACUGGUAAAACAACAUUUUGUAAAUUAUUAGCUGGUUUAACUAAACCUGAUGGAAAUCAAGAAAUUCCAAAAUUAAAUAUUUCUUUAAAACCUCAAAAGAUUGCUCCAAAAUUCCCUGGUACUGUCCGUCAAUUAUUCUUUAAAAAGAUAAGAGCAGCAUUUUUACAUCCACAAUUUCAAACUGAUGUUGUAAAACCUUUAAAAAUUGAUAAUAUUAUUGAUCAAGAAGUUCAAACCUUAUCAGGGGGUGAAUUACAAAGAGUUGCUAUUGUUUUAGCUUUAGGUGUACCGGCAGAUAUUUAUUUAAUUGAUGAACCUUCAGCUUAUUUAGAUUCGGAACAAAGAAUUGUUUGUUCAAAAGUUAUUAGAAGAUUUAUAUUACAUUCUAAGAAGACUGCUUUUAUUGUUGAACAUGAUUUUAUUAUGGCAACUUAUUUAGCUGAUAGAGUUAUUGUAUUUGAAGGUCAACCAUCAAAGAAUACUUUAGCUAAAGCUCCAGAAAGUUUAUUAACUGGAUGUAAUAGAUUCUUAAAGAAUUUAAACGUUACUUUCAGAAGAGAUCCAAAUUCUUUCAGACCAAGAAUUAAUAAGAAAGAUUCUCAAAUGGAUAAGGAACAAAAAUCUGCUGGAAAUUAUUUCUUUUUGGAUAAUUCUGAAUUAUGA